AUGGGAAAAUUCCAAUGGUAUUGCGCAAAAAUCCUAGGACCAAAUCCGAUAUUCAGAAUCCCAAGAGGAGAAAAUGCAUCCCCUUCUCUUGUCAAGGAGAGUCCAUGAACGCCGCCAACAAAAAAAGACCGCGCGACUCGAGAAAAGCACCCCGAAAACCGCCCGCAUGUACCCGGCCCGGUCAUAACAUGAACAUGAUCAUGAUCAUGAUCUCCUCCGCCAGCCCCAAACCAGUUGAGCCAUAGGGAGGCUGGCGUCCAUAUGCUCCCCUCGCCUCGACCGCCUGUUUCCCCGCCAUCCGGUUUCGAUCGUUUCGUCAUGAAAGCAUGGAGGCGCUUUACCGGGUUCUCUUGAACCACUUGCUCGAGCCUGCAAUGGCAACCGACUGAUCCAUCACCCACUCGCCGACACCGAGGUAGCGGUUCAUGAACUUCCUGAAGGGGUCCUGGUCCGAAUCGCCAAUCUGAUCUGCUUGGAAACUGCGAAUUCCGAACCAUCAGCACAUUUAUUCGGUUCUUUCCAUGUUCUCGUUAAUCGACUCACGUCAGGCCAGUCGAGCGCUUCAUCCCCGCAAGGAUGGUGGAAACUAAGUAUGUUGGGUUAGCCGACAGAGAGUUCAAGCAAAGGCGGUGCAGGCGAGGGGUGUGGGCAGCGACUCACCGAGCACAGCAUCAAAGGCAUAAUGAGUCAACCUUGCCAGCUUUGACCAGAGGCCGAAUGUCAGUAAGUCGAGGAGCUGGAAGACGGCAUGGUUCUUAGACUCGGAAAGCGACACAGAGACCGCCGAGCAGAAAGAGGCGGUGAUGGCACUCGAAGGGGGCGAAUACUUACGACCAUGGUGAAUCUAGUUGACCGAGAACAAAUUUAUUUUCGCAACGGACGAGAGUUGGACAGAUAUCGGCGGCGCGGGGCAGUCUCGACAGGAACGUGGGGAGGAUAGCGAUGGUGAUGCGGUUCUGGUGGUGUCGGUAUGGAAUCUUUAGCGGGGGGUCGGUCGGGCGAUCAGAAGCAAGCGACAACGACAGACACCAGCAAGACUCAGCUCCUCUUCCAGCCACCCUGUGCCCCGUGCGCAGCCGCCGAUUCGAGAGCUUGGACCACUUCAAGGUUGCCUUACCUCAGCAGGGCAGCUCAGCCAGCAAGAAUGCACGUGCGGAGUCACGAGCAAAGCAGGCCAAACCCCUUUGGAAUUGUCCCGCUUUUCCCUCAUUCGGCCCCGCAUGCCGUCAGAGUUGUCAGCGAUUGGUUGACAUUCUCUGUGUCACCCAAACGACAGAACACCACCCCCGCCACCAAUGGCCCUCUCACCGCCCGUCAGAAAGGUGGGGUAAUCUGAUGAGAACCCCCGCGUUCUUUUUGGGCCUUCAUCUGGUGAGGGGCCUUGGCAGGAACACUCACGGCAGCGAUGCCAUGGACGAACGAUGUGAUGGACACAGAGAUGCUACAUGCAUAUAAAUAGGGGUCAAGUCAAUCUACUCCGGGGGCUGGAUCUCGGGGCUUCGUAUCUUCAUCAUGCAUGGCCGAUGCAAGCCACCGCGAUGGGUUCCAGGUUUGACCAGGCCACCUCAAUGGCAAGGGGAGACGAACCUAACCUAACCGCCCACGUCAAGACCCCAUCCACCCAUUCACUGUCCAGGGAGGGGAGGGGUGCGUGGGGCUUUGGCAAGAGCUGAGUGGGAUGAUUGUUGGGAAAGAGCUUUUGGGGGGGAAGCUUCCCCUCCAUGCCCGAAGGCAGGCAAGUCCAGUUUGGCUGGGCUUUGGUUGAACCGCAUCUGUUUUUUUUUUCUUUUUUUCGCGCAGAACUUCCAGAACUAGAUACAAACCCAAUUCCCUCAACUUUUCCUCGACUUUCCCAUCCAUCCAUCCCUCUCGUUCUCCCUUCCUCUCUUCACCUGCUCGACCACUCUUGAACAUCGCAUUGUUAAGAGGAAUCUUUAGCAGUCCGACCUCUAUCUCCUCCUUCCGGGUUCCGAGUCUCGCUCAGAAUUCCCCUACAGUCCUUCAACAUGGUCAACACAGCUCUCGACCACCUCAACUUGGGGGGCAAGAUCGAAUGGCUCUCGCAGCUCGAUACCGCGUUCCAGCCUGCCCGCAACUUCCGCCGCACCUCCAUCAUCUGCACCAUUGGCCCCAAGACGAACUCUGUUGAGGCCAUCAACAAGCUCCGCGAGGCUGGCCUCAACGUGGUGCGCAUGAACUUCUCCCACGGCAGCUACGAGUACCACCAGUCUGUCAUUGACAAUGCUCGCGCUGCCGAGAAGGCCCAGAAGGGCCGUCAGGUCGCCAUCGCCCUCGACACCAAGGGCCCCGAGAUCCGUACCGGCAACACCGUCAACGAUGCCGAUCUCCCCAUCUCCGCCGGCGCCAUCUUGAACAUCACCACCGAUGAGAAGUAUGCCACGGCCUGCACCACCGAGAACAUGUACGUCGACUACAAGAACAUCACCAAGGUCAUCUCCCCAGGCCGCAUUAUUUACGUCGACGACGGUGUCUUGGCGUUCGAUGUGCUCGAGAUUGUCGACGACAAGACCAUCAAGGUUCAGGCGCGCAACAAUGGUUUCAUCUCUUCCCGCAAGGGUGUCAACCUGCCCAACACCGAUGUCGAUCUGCCCGCCCUCUCCGAGAAGGACAAGGCCGAUCUCCUGUUCGGCGUCAAGAACAAUGUCGACAUGGUCUUUGCUUCUUUCAUCCGCAGAGGGCAAGACAUCAAGGACAUUCGUGAGGUCCUCGGCGAGGAGGGCAAGCACAUUCAGAUCAUUGCCAAGAUUGAGAACAGACAAGGUCUCAACAACUUUGCCGAGAUUCUCGAGGAGACCGACGGUGUCAUGGUUGCCCGUGGCGAUCUCGGUAUCGAGAUUCCCGCCGCCGAGGUGUUCGCCGCUCAGAAGAAGAUCAUUGCCAUGUGCAACAUUGCUGGCAAGCCCGUCAUUUGCGCCACUCAGAUGCUCGAGUCCAUGAUCAAGAACCCCAGGCCAACCAGAGCCGAAAUCAGUGAUGUUGGCAACGCAGUUACUGACGGCGCCGACUGUGUCAUGCUUUCCGGUGAGACAGCCAAGGGUAGCUACCCCAACGAGGCUGUCCGUGAGAUGAGCGAGGCUUGCCUCAAGGCCGAGAACACCAUCCCAUAUGUCAGCCACUUCGAGGAGCUGUGCGCCCUUGUCAAGCGCCCCGUCUCCAUUGUCGAGUCUUGCGCCAUGGCGGCUGUCCGGACGUCUCUCGACCUCAACGCCUCGGCCAUCUUCGUUCUCUCCACCUCGGGGGUCUCUGCCCGCCUCAUCUCCAAGUACCGCCCUGUUUGCCCCAUCAUCAUGAUCACUCGGAACGCGUCGGCCUCGAGAUAUGCCCACUUGUACCGCGGCGUAUACCCAUUCUCCUUCCCAGAGGCCAAGCCCGACUUUAGCAAAGUCAACUGGCAGGAGGAUGUGGAUCGCCGCAUCAAAUGGGGUCUUACCCACGCUAUCGACUUGGGUGUUCUCAACGAGGGUGAGACGGUGGUGGUUGUCCAGGGCUGGAAGGGCGGCAUGGGCAACACAAACACUCUGCGUAUCGUUAAGGCCGAUGUGGACCACCUCGGCAUUGGCCAGCUGGAGUAGACGGGUUUUGGGACGGCGUAUAAUGAAGGGACGGAAUGUGGUUUUUGCACCUAGUUUGUAGUUUUUUUCUGCCAAAAGGGCCUGGUUGGGCUUCAAUAGAUUCAUGACCUCAGUUGAUGCUGCUGUA